UGGUAAACAGGGGGCGUACCAUCAUCAUCAUCAUCAUGGCUGCCAUCGUCGACCACGAAUUCCCGAUUCACGGCCUUCUACCGAAAAGAGAGACCGGCGCUUCGGCUUUCCUCGCCAAAUAUCCCGAGUAUGACGGCAGGGGAGUCACCAUUGCUAUCCUGGACACAGGAGUGGACCCAGGAGCGCCAGGCUUACAGCAAACCUCAGAUGGGAGGCCAAAGAUCGUGGAUAUCAUCGACACCACGGGGAGCGGAGAUGUGGACGUGUCAACUGUCGUGGAGCCAAAAGAUGGGGAGAUUGUGGGACUGUCGGGGCGAACCCUUAAGGUCCCAGCUAGUUGGGAGAAUCCAACCGGCCGUUACCACAUAGGGGUGAAGAACAUGUAUGAGCUCUUCCCUAAACAACUCAGAGACAGGACUCAGAAAGACAAGAAAGAGAAGACCUGGGACCCUCCACACAGGGUGGCUCUGGCUGAGGCAAUCAGGAAACUGGAUGAGUUUGAUACAGCACACCCCAACCCUACAGCACAGGAUGAGAAGCUCCAGAGAGAAGACCUCCAGGCCCAACUGGACAUCCUGACCAGUCAGGAGAAGAAGUACUCGGACCCUGGUCCUGUGUGCGACUGUCUGGUCUGGCACGAUGGGAACACAUGGAGGGCUGUGUUAGACACCAGUGAGACAGGAGACCUGGAGUCGUGUACAGUACUGGCCAGCUACAAAGAACAGCACCAGUACUCUACCUUUAGUCAGCUGGACAUGUUUAACUACUCUGUCAACAUCUACGACGAUGGAAAGGUUCUCAACAUAUGUGCCAAUGGAGGAGCCCACGGUACCCACGUGGCGUGUAUAGCCGCGGGAAACUUCCCAGAUGACCCGGAGAGGAACGGAAUUGCGCCGGGAGCGCAGAUCGUUGCCAUCAAGAUCGGAGACUCCCGGCUUAGUACCAUGGAGACUGGCUCUGCACUUAUAAGAGCGAUGAUUGCUGUAAUUGAUCAGAAGUGCGAUCUGGUGAACUUCAGUUAUGGGGAAGCGGCACACUGGCCUGACAAGGGUCGAGUGUGUGACAUCAUCUCGGAAGCUGUCAACAAACAUGGCGUCAUCUUCGUGUCCAGCGCCGGGAACAACGGCCCCGCCCUGACGAGUGUCGGAACUCCGGGCGGAACGACCUCCAGUAUCAUUGGUGUCGGUGCCUUCGUGUCUCCAGAGAUGAUGACAGCUGAAUACUCUCUCAGGGAAAAGUUACCUAGCAACCAAUACACCUGGUCGUCAAGGGGACCAACUAUAGACGGAGCCUUAGGUGUGAGUAUUUCCGCGCCAGGUGGCGCUAUAGCCUCCGUGCCUAACUGGACGCUCCGCGGCUCACAGCUAAUGAACGGGACGUCCAUGUCUUCACCAAACGCCUGCGGGGGCAUCGCUCUUGUACUGUCUGCGCUGAAGGCGACGGGUGUACCCUACACCCCCUACACUGUGAAGACUGCACUAGAGAACACAGCACAGAAGGUGGAAGGGGUGGAGGUGUUCGCUCAGGGACAUGGGGUGCUACAGGUGGAGAAGGCUUUUGACCACAUCCGUCAACAUGCCGACUCAGCGGAGAGAAACGUGCGGUUCUCUGUAGCGGUGAACGGUGGGAGGGGGGUGCACCUCAGACAGGCCUUGUCACAGAGGAAACCUACCGAGAUGACUGUCAGUAUAGAACCUGUGUAUGCUGAGGACAUAGAGGCCAAUGAGAAGAUAUCUCUCUCCAUCCAUGUGAGCCUGGUGAGUGAGGUUCCAUGGGUACAUGUGCCGCCAUGUUUGGAACUCAUGAACACCCCAAGGACGUUUGUCAUCAAGGUCGACCCAAGGGGACUCAGGGAAGGAGCUCACUAUACUGAGGUUUUAGGCUAUGACAUCAGUAACCCCCAGAAGGGCCCCCUGUUCAGAGUGCCUGUGACAGUAGUGCGACCAGAGAGUGUACAAGACAAGGUCCAGUACAAGGUGACCUCUGAGAGAGAAGUGACCUUCAAACCUGGACAGGUACACAGGAGGUUCAUUGACGUGCCUCUGGGAGCCACGUGGGCAGAGGUUACCAUCCAAUCCCUGUCCCCAGAGACAGUGGGGAGGUUCAUUCUCCACAUGGUACAGCUACAGCCACACUCUGCCUACAGGACGCACGAGUCCUACAAGUUCUUCAACCUUACAGAGCUGGGGGAGGUCUCCUAUACCUGCCCUGUGUUGGAGGGAGUGACAGUAGAAGUGUGCCUAGCACGUUGGUGGGCAAGUCUUGGGGAGGUCAAUGUCAACUACAACGUCACCUUUCAUGGGUUACAGCCAAGUGUCACUACACUCAAUCUGCAUGCAGCGGACGGUAUCACCAGGGUGGACGUUAAGUCUCCACUGAAGCACGAGGAUGUCCAACCAAGCAUCAAACUGGAGCAUGGUGUAUGUCCGCUCAGGCCGUCCGAGUUUAAGAUCCGCCCCCUGGGUGACAGGGACGUACUGCCUCCCAACCGACCAUCGUAUGAGCUGGUGCUGACAUAUAACUACCAUCAGACUAAGACUUGUGAGGUGAUGCCCCACUGCCCGACCCUAUGUGACCUACUGUAUGAGUCAGACUACGACUCCCAACUCUGGAUGUUGUUUGACAGUAACAAACAGUUGAUGGGGUCAGGAGAUGCCUAUCCACACCAGUACAACUUCAAACUUGAGAAGGGAGACUAUACCAUUAAGCUACAGAUAAGGCAUGAGACUAAGGACCUCCUGGAGAAACUGAAGGACGUGACCUUCCUGGUGCAAUACAAACUGCCCAGCGCCCUGUCGUUGGACGUCUACCCGUCCAAGUCCAACGCUCUGCUGGGCAAGGCCAAGUUCGGGACACAGCGAUGUGGUAUAGGGGUGACGGCACCGAUGUUCAUCACCCCUCUACCUGACGACAAGGUCCCAAAGGCUGCUAGUCCAGGACACUACCUGGUAGGGCAGAUCUCUUACGCCAAGGCCGAGCCUGGCAAGAAAACUGGGAAACACAAAAAGAAGACGGAUAUGGCCACCUACCCAGUGCACUACGUGAUAUCAGCUGCCCCCUGUAAGCCCAAGAACGGUGGGAAAGACAAGGACAAGAAGGAAGACAAGGACCCCCAGGAGGAGUUUAAUGAGGCUCUCAGGGAUUUCAAGAUACAGUGGAUGUCAAAGCUUGACAGCAAGGCCAUCUAUCAGGAGUUGAAGGAACUGCACCCCAACCACCUACCCUUACAUGUAGGACUACUGCAGGCUCUGGAUAAUGACAAGGAGAGAUUGAAACAGCUGGAUGACAUCAUCGCGGCUGCAGACGUUGUGAUUGGUCAGGUGGACAUGGCCGAACUGGCGAGCUUUCUCGCCCUGAAGGCUGACACGCGAUCAGACGCAGCGACCAUCAAAGUUGAGAUGGAAAAGAAGAAGGCAACCCUGAUCGACGCUGUGUGCAAGAAGGGAAAUGCAGCGGCUGACAAGGUUCUGCAGGCACUGGAUGGAGACGCAGUGGGCAGCACAGAAAUAGUGAAGGACCUCGCACUUGUGAAGGAAACGUUUGAGGAGCUGCUGAAAUGGGCAGAACCAAUGGACAUCAAGGUGGUCAGUUUUACCAUGAAACAUGCCAUGGUGUGUGGUCAGUAUGGCAGGGCCAUCAAGGCAGCACAGAAGAUCCUGGAUGACAAACCUAACAAGGAAAACGAGAAGAAGUGUAUAGAGCUUUACAAGAAGAUUGGUUGGGACCACGUGGCCAAACACUGCGAGCGCUGGCUGCCCGUCAGAUACCCACAAUCCUACACACUUUUCUAGAUGCGACCGGCAAACCUGAAUAACACAACUAACUGUUCCGUUGCCUAACAGUAACAGCCAUCAGCAAAGACAGGUCAAGAUGUGUUCAAGAUUCGUGCAAAACUCAUGCUUUAUUUGAGUAUUUCCAUUUUACCUUUCAGUCCUGUAGAAUUGUCUGAGACUUAGGGUGCAUACUUUAAUCAAGAAAAUACUGUAUGUGCCAUUGGUAUUGUUAAAACCUGCCAGUAUAGUCACUCUGCAUCUCCAAAUUCUGCACAUCAACACUGGUGGUUUGUAAUGUCUAGGGUAUAUUACAAAGCACAAACUAGUUUGCCAGGGUUGUAUCUCUCCGUGUGGUGUACCAAAGUGUUUGUGGUGUACUAGUUGUUGGUGUUGUAAUCUGUAACCAUUCAUUGUGUAGCAGCAAAGUCAAAUUCUAUCCUGAUGCCAAAGUGGUCUUGUAGUUACCCUUUUGUUUGCCGAACAGUGCAUAAAGGUUUCUUCUAUCAAUUGGAAUAAAACUUUUCAAUCAUAGUUCAUGUGUAGUUCAAAUUUAGGUACCUUGUGUCCCAAUAUAUGGGUGUACAAAUUGAUUGAGGUUGUUAUUUGCUAGAAAUUAUCAAUGAUUGUAUGUGGUAAAAUAUUUUUUGGAGUAAGAUUACACAAAUUUUUGAAGCAAUAAUUACACUAUUUUUUCAACAAUGAUACAAAAACAAGAAUUUGACUUUUUAAGCAAACAUGAUUAUUCUAAAGGAAAUAUUUGUACUUACAUUUCUACACUCCUUGUUUAACCCUUUUACAGCUACCGUUCUAAUACGUACAUGAAAAUGGAUACUUUUAAAAAAUUAUGAAAAGAAGUUCCUGUUAUUCAGACAAAUAAAUCCUAUGAUGAUAUCCAAUAUUAUGUAAGUGCCUGACUUUCACCAAGACAUGAUUACAUAAUAGAGGUAGCUGCACUUGUACUUGUAGGCAUAUGUACAUUACAAUAAUUGUUUGUUUUUUUCAUUAACGUUUGUAUAUCUGUGGUGCAUGACUGUAGCAUUAAAUUUUGUGAAUUGUAAUUAGAAUUCUUACACAAUUUUUUUCCCCUUUAUUGUUGAUUUUGCAACACAUUUGCAAUGUCAGAAGGAUAUCGAAUUUCCAAGACAAAAUCAAGCAUAGUGUUGUAAAAUAAACUCGCAGCCCAACACAGAAUAAGAUGGACUACUCACAUUUUGGGGCAUUUUCAUACGUUUAAAGCCUUUUAUGAAUGGUUACUAAAAUUCAAGUUACUGUGAACAUUCCUUUGCAUGACUGGAAAACAAUGACCACAAUGAUUUGAAAUUUGGUGGCUUAAUUGUUAAAGGACUGUCUUCAUACUCUAUGAUUAUGUCCCAAAAGGCCAGGCCGAGAACUUAUUAAUCACCCGUCAUACCACUAAAUAUAUACUACUUCCUGCUUUUCCUGCAAUUAGAUUUUAGUGCACAGCUUAUUUCCUACCUCAACUUGUGUGUCAGGGAUGGGUAAAUCUGGGUAAAACUUUUACAGUUUUGUUCAUUAGUUCUAUGUCAAAGUCUGCCAAUGUGGUAAGGCAUAGGCCAGAUUCGAACAUUUGUGUACUUAUGUUUUACGUUCAUUGUCAGCGACAUGUGGAACAUCCUAGUAGACAUGGUUUGUUUUUAAGCUACUGAUAGAUGCCAAAAGAACUACAUGUAGAAAGGGACAAAUCAAACUUCAUGUAGUGUGGUAGACAGAUCGUUGUACAUGUAUAUGUAGUACUAAUACUUUGAGUUAGUCCUUUUUAGCUCAGGGCAUUUAGGAUUCUGAGGUUGUAGCAGGAGAGAGAUGAAAAUGUGUACUUUUAUGGUGACAUUGGAGAAAUAAAGUAACCGUUUGUUCACAA